GCUGCCGAUUGUUAAGAAAAACACGACAGCGGUAAAUCUAUCUCAUACGUAUCCUGCUUUUUGUUGUGCAGAUGUUUUAGCUGACAAUGGUCGUCUGACUCUAACUGGUGAUGUCAUCUCUGCGUUUGGCAAAAUGAUGAGUGCUCAUCGUGGAGAGGUCAUCUGCUCAGUUACCACUGCUCAGCCUCUAGAUGAAGCUAAUCUCAGUGAUCUGAAAGUAGCCCUCAAGGGAUUUCUCGCGAAGGGUGAAACUAUCAAGCUGGAAACAAAGUCGGAUUCUUCAAUCCUGGGUGGCAUGAUCGUCAGUAUCGGAGACAAGUACGUGGACAUGUCCACCAAAACAAAGAUUCAGAAGCUGACCAAGCUCAUCAAGGAAACUUAAGUCCUGUGGACUUAAUUUUUGCAGAAGAUCAUAGAUGACCAACGGAGGAAACGCUGAUAAAUGUAUAUUGCUACCUGUCCUAGCACUGCCGUUGCUCCAUAAAACCAGUGUCUGUGCUUAAAUUGAUAUGGAUGUUAAUAAAAAGUACAAAAAAAUGAA